GUCUGCUGGCACUGCUGGGGCUGGCGCUGUACACGGCCGGCACGCUGAGCCUGCUGGGGCCGGCCCGCGCCGCCUGGCGCUUCUCCUGGUCCUACAUCCUGGGCUGGGUCGGCGUCGUCCUCACCAGCUCGGCAGGCGCCAUGGCAGGCGUGGUGGAGAUGGAGCGCAGCGUGACGGCGGUGCUGGGCCAGGACGUGGUGCUGCCCUGCCGGUACCGGGCGCAGGAGCGGGAGCAGGUGGAGCAGGUGACGUGGCUGAAGCGCGGCCCCGACGGGCACAGCGCCGAGGUGGCCGUGCUCCACCGGCAGCACGGGCAGCACGUGCAGGAGCGCUACGCCGGGCGGGUGCUGCGCCAGGCCGACGGGGCGCUGGAGGACGGGGCCAUCGUCCUGCGCAACGCCGUGCAGGGCGACGAGGGCGACUACGAGUGUCACCUCAUCACCUUCCCCUUGGGCAGCUUCGAGGGGCACCUCACCCUCAAGGUGCUGGUGCCGCCGCUGCCCAUCCUGAACCCGGGGCCGCCGCUGGAGGAGGGUCAGGGCCGGACGCUGGCGGCGUCCUGCACGGCGGAGGGCAACCCGGUGCCCUCGGUGCGCUGGGAGACGGAGGUGCGGGGCACCAACGCCACCCGCCACAACGAGGUGCGCAAGGUGGACCUGGUCUCCGCCUCGGUGGUGGUGGUGGGCGUCAUCGCCGCCGUCCUGCUCUGCGUCCUCGUCAUUGUGGUCGUGUAUUCACCCCUCCAUCCACCCAUCAACCCAUCCAUCGGUGGGUGCAUCCACCCACCCACCCAUCCAUCCAUCUGUCCGUGGAUGUACUCAUCCCUCCAUCAACCCAUCCAUCCACCCAUGAACGCGUCCAUCCAUGGGUGCAUCCAUCCAUCCAUCUGUCCAUGGAUGUACCCAUCCCUCCAUCCAUCCAUCAACCCAUCCAUCCCUCCAUGGAUCCAUCCAAGGAUCCAUCCAUCCGUCCAUUUAUUCAUGCAUCCACCCACCCAUGGUCUCAUCUGUCCACCCACUCACCCAUUUCCCUCCCUGAUCUUCUCCUCCCACCCACCUGCAGACAACGAGGUGCGCAAGGUGGACCUGGUCUCCGCCUCGGUGGUGGUGGUGGGCGUCAUCGCCGCCGUCCUGCUCUGCGUCCUCGUCAUUGUGGUCGUCGUCAUGACCCUCUACCACAAGCGCAAGACCAAGCGCAUCUCCGAGAAGUAG